AUGAAAAAGGCUCUGAAGAGUUCCUCUGAGGAACAAAAGUCAAGAGAUGAGGCUCGCAAGAAACUACUGGAGGAAAGAUGUAAGGCAAUGAAGGCGGCAAUGAAAGCUAAACAAGGUCAGCCUGAUGCAAAUGGCAGCACAGAUGGAGUGGAAAUUCUUGUGGCAGAAGAAAAAAUAACCUAUUUGCAGGAGAAUUUAACAGGUGAAAAGGAGGACGAAUGGACAAAGAGCAAUGAAGGUGGCCCAGCUAAUGAGAAAGUAAAGAAAAUGGAAAAACAAAAGGAAGGCCACCAUUUCUUACAGUUAGUUGACAAAGAGGUUUCUGAAUUACAAGGCCUCACAUAUAAUGCUGAAUCUGACCUGGAAACCUUUAAACCAGAGAUGAGUGAGGAGGUACAAGGAAAGGUCCUAGCAGCCACAGGGAAAGCCCGCCUCCUCAUCGCUCAGAAGGUGGAACAGUUUAGAGGUCUAUGUCAACAAAAUAUUGAUGGGCCCAAAGGUGAAGAACCCACAAUAAUGGCUGCAGAUCUAGAAGGCUUUUGGGACAUGGUAUCAAUUCAGGUGGAUAAUGUGCACCACCUUUUCAAAGAGGUCAGUGUUCUAAAAACUAAUGGAUGGAAAGAGGAUCUAAUUACACAGACCAGUAAUAAUGUCACCAAAGGCCCUAUGAAGAAGAAACCAGUGAAAGUUAUGAAAAAAGCUAUGAAGAGUUCCACUGAGGAACAAAAGUCAAGAGACGAAGCCCGCAAGAAGCUAUUGGAGGAGAGACGUAAGGCAAUGAAGGAGGCAAUGAAAGCUAAACAAGGUCAGCCUGAUGCAAAUGGCAGCAUAGAUGGAGUGGAAAUACUUGUGGCAGAAGAGAAAAUAACCCAAAUGCAGAAGAAUUCACCAGGUGAAAAGGAGGACGAAAGUACAAAGAGCGAUGAAGGUGGCCCAGUUAAUGAGAAAGUAAAGGAAAUGGAAAAACAAAAGGAAGGCCACCAUUUCUUACAGUUAGUUGACAAAGAGGUUUCUGAAUUACAAGGCAUCAUAUAUAAAGCUGAAUCUGACCUGGAAACCUUUAAACCAGAGAUGAGCGAGGAGGUACAAGGAAAGGUCCUUGCAGCAACAGGAAAGGCGCGUCUACUUAUCUCGCAGAAGGUCGAACAGUUCAGAGGCCUAUGUCAACAAAAUAUUGAUGGGCCCAAAGGUGAUGAACCUGCUAUAAUAGCUGAGGAUCUGGCUGGAUUUUGGGACAUGGUAUCCAUUCAGGUGGAUGAAGUUCAUGGGCUUUUCAAAGAAAUUGGUGAUCUUAAAACUAAUGGAUGGAAACAGGACGAAAAUACACAGAUCACAAAUAAUGUCACCAAAGGCCCUGCAAAGAGAAAACCAGCAAAAGUUAUGAACAAAACAAUGAAGAGUUCCACUGAGGAACAAAAGUCAAGAGAUAAGGCCCGCAAGAAACUACUGGAGGAGAGACGUAAGGCAAUGAAGGCGGCAAUGAAAGCAAAACAAGGUCAGCCUGAUGCAAAUGGCAGCACAGAUGGAGUGGAAAUUCUUGUGGCAGAAGAGAAAAUAUCCCAAGUGCAGAAGAAUUCACCAGGUGAAAAGGAGGACAAAAGUACAAAGAGCGAUGAAGGUGGCCCAGUUAAUGAGAAAGUAAAGGAAAUGGAAAAACAAAAGGAAGGCCACCAUUUCUUACAGUUAGUUGACAAAGAGGUUUCUGAAUUACAAGGCAUCAUAUAUAAAGCUGAAUCUGACCUGGAAACCUUUAAACCAGAGAUGAGCGAGGAGGUACAAGGAAAGGUCCUUGCAGCAACAGGAAAGGCACGCCUCCUUAUCUAG